CCCACCUACUUCAACCAAACACAUUUUUUUACUAUUCUAGACUAAUUCCAACCUCCAACUAAACACAAAAAAAUUUUAACACCAUUUUAACCAUGAACUUAACUCUAUUCCUAAAAUAGCUACUUUUUCUUAACUCCGAACCAAACGGGGGCUAAAGUAAGCCAAAGUUUGUCGCGACCCCAAACAUCCCAUCAAGCAGGCAUUUAUUAUUUAUUUUUAUUAUUAUUACCUUCGCUUUCCCAAAUGAUUCUUCUCUUCUUUGUUCCCAUUACACUCCUACACUCACUACACAUACUCUGAACCCUCGCCUCCUCAGAAGCCCACAAAAAAAAAAAAAAAAAAAAAAAAAANAAAAAAAAAAAAGGCAGAAGAAAAAAAAAAGAAGAAAAGGAGCCUUUGCGUUUCUCUUUGCUUUGCUCUACUGCGAAAGCGCCAUGAGUAGGAGAAGAUCCCUCAUCCUCCUCGUCUUUAUCGCCACCUCCCUCCUCGAAUCCGCAGCGGCCCCUUCUCCCACAGGAGCUAUUCUGAAGCAACUCUCCACAGUGGUCAAAUGGCCGAGAACUUCUCCGAAGAUAUCCCAAAACGAUGGGAAUGUUCUACAGUUCGAGAAUGGGUAUUUUGUGGAGACCCUUGUGGAGGGGGACAAGCUGGGGGUGGUUCCCUACACUAUUCGGGUUUCGCCCGAGGGCGAGCUUUUUGCUGUGGACUCUGUGAACAAUAACAUUGUGCGGAUUACUCCCCCUCUCUCCCAAUAUAGCAGAGGAAGACUGGUUGCAGGGUCAUUUCAAGGAUAUUCAGGACAUGUAGAUGGUAAACCGAGUGAUGCCCGAUUCAAGCAUCCUAAAGGUGUCACUAUGGAUGAUAAGGGGAAUGUCUAUGUCGCUGAUACUGCAAAUCUCGCCAUUCGUAAGAUCGGGGAAGCAGGAGUGACAACUAUUGCUGGAGGAAAAUCAAAUGUCGCGGGAUAUAGAGAUGGGCCGAGUGAGGAUGCUAAGUUCUCUACCGAUUUUGAUGUGGUAUAUAUGAGAAAAACCUGCUCUUUGUUGGUUAUCGACCGUGGAAACGCGGCUCUUCGCCAAAUCUCCCUUCAGCAAGAGGAUUGCGACUAUCAAUAUAGCUCGAUUGCUCCGUCAGAUAUGACAAUGGUAAUUGGUGCAGUCUUGGCUGGAUAUGUAUCUUGUUUGCUGCAGCAGGGGUUUGGGCCUUCAAUUUUCCGCAAGAAACAAGUGACUGAGGAUGAACAACGGGAGCAUAGCACCGAUGAAAAGCCUCCUCUAAUCGUCGAAAGCCUAAAAGAGGAACCGGGUGCAGGAUGGCCGUCAGUUGGAACACUUCUCACAGAUCUCUUCAAAUUUACCCUCGAAGCAAUUGGUAAUUUGCUUCUCAAUGUCAUCCCCUUCCUACGACGAAAUAAAACAAAAGCAAACCUCACCCCUCUCAAAGACCGCCUGGUCAUGCCCGAGGACAGAGAAGAAACUCCAGUAACUCAUAAGCUAAAGACCACUCCAGCUAUGUCAGAAUCUAUCCAUGCCCCUAAUACUAUCAAUGAACCUACUCCGAAGCCCCAAAAAAGUACCAAAACACCCAAAUUCAAGGAUUCCUCUCUCCCGAGCAAGCAUAGAUCCUCAAAGAGACAAGAUUUUGGGGAGUUUUAUGGUGCGUCCGGAGACACGACUCAGCUAAGUUCGAAGGGCCAGAAGGAUAGAGUGAGGCAUCGCUAUCGAGAAAAGAGUGGAGAGGUUGGUUUAGGAACAGGUGGUGGUGCGGAGCCAAAGUUGAUGAAGUCGGUGGAUUACGGUGAUCCUUCCAAGUUUGACCAUUACAACAUUAGGAGCAAAUAUGGCGGUGCAGAGGGUGCCUACAGGUACUAAGGUUGUUAGUUUAGCCACCAAUAUGAAUCUCUUUUUCAUCUUGCAUGUCAUGCUUUUUGACUGAGUGUGGAUGCAAAACUGCAUAUUAGCAAUAUCAAGACCACCAAACACUUAUUUAGUGCUAAUGCAUUGUCUCACUUUUCUUAAUCUUCAAGCAGCUGGCGAUUGCAUUGGCCUAGUAAAGAUUUUGCGUGAA